CGAGUCUCGAGCCGAGUAGCUUCGGCUCUUCUCACCGGUGACCCUAGAUCGCGCUUAUGAUGGGUCGACGGUCAGACUACCGGACGGGCCGCUGAUGGUGAGCAUGUAAUGCGACCGGUAGACCAAUAGAGCGCGCGGGCUCGUGGUCUUUACGGCGUCACAUCGCAUAUACGAGAAUUUUCUGUGCCCGUUUGACCCCGCGAAUCUUCAGACGCGCUGCGCGGAAUCGAGGAAAUCAGAGAAGUCGGUAUGCAGCGACCCUUGCGAGAUGCCACUAAGCCUCACGAGAGGAGCCUCGACGGCCACGUGCAGAGCGGCUGACGCUAUACCGUCAAUAAUGUGAGAAUAUGGCGAUCCUUGCCGCCUGAGGACGGGAUAUCCGGUCUAGAUGACGGACUUUGUACGCGAUUCUUCGGCUUCUCGACGACCUCGUGAUGAUCGUGACAUCGACUUCGACUGAAGCGCCAGUGAUAUAUAAAUAGGGAAGUUCCGCCUCAGUAGCUAGCCCGACUUCACCUCGCAGACGAUCGCCAUCGCCCGAGGACAAUCCGAAUCUCCCUUCCAACCGCCUUUGUCUUGUCAACAUCGUACUAGCAGCUCUCCGCUUUAUACAUCGCCACUAUGAAGCUCCAGCUCUCAGCCCUGUUCCUUGGCCUUGCCGCGGGUAUGGUGUCUGCUCAGGAGAGUAACCAAACCGGCCCCUUUUAUCUCCACGUAACGGGUAAAGAGGGCAGCACUCUCGACGGCUACGUCGGAUCUUGCCACGCGGGGGCAGCCAUCGAGGGAUUCUGCUACGCCGGUGGGGCGCUUCCCGAAGGUAGCACGUCCUUCCAGUACUACUUCAACUACACCGGGUACACGACGGUGAACGACGACGAGGUCGGGCAGCUGGCGUGGCGGCUGCGCUACCGCGACGAGAACGGCGGCGACGCGUACGUGGAGCAGGUGCUCGGGCUGCAGUACCUCGUCAACAGCAACGUGGCGGCGCCCAUGUUCGGCCUCGGCUACCCGUACCUGUCCGUCGGGUUCGACAAGGGCGGCAAGCUCUUCGCCUACAACUACUUCGACGACGCGACCUUCACGCCCGGCACGAACCCGCUGCCCAACGCCGAGGGCGCGGCGUACUACCACUGGCACGUCUGCUGGCAGUACUUCACCGGCUACUACUACCAGAGCAUCGGCUGGGCCCAGACCACGCCGCCGCACAACCCGACCUGCGAGCCCGUCGACAUCACCCAGGUCUUUCCUCCCUCGUAAGGGCUAGUUCCGAAGCUACCCUGUCUCUAUCUCUCGGUAUUAGUGUCCGGU